AUGCUCCCAGCGGAUCAGUCCAAGGGCGUCACCACCUCCUGCCCGGGAGACACGGCGCGAAGAGCUGAGGCGACAGCUACCCUGGAGUGCAGAACACUGGAGGAUCUGCUGGAAGAACUGAAAAAUGAGAUUGAGAAGAGGCAGGCAAAAACUGCCACCAAAGCCUCAGAGGAGAUCUCCCAGCUGGACAACCCAACGCAAGGGCAAGAGGGGAAGCGUCAGAAAUCUGAUGGGAAGAGCACCCUCAGCAGGUGUGGGAAGGUGACUUUCCAGCUGCCAGCAGAUGCUUCUCUGGCAUCGGAGGAGAGAGUCUGUCAUUCCUCCUGGAGGAGCAGCGCUCUGAAGGAUACUCUGAAGAAGCUACGAGCCAUUGUGACCCUGGACCCUGACACGGCUCACCCCGACCUCAUCCUCUCCGAGGACCGUAAGAGCGUGAGACGCGGGGAAGGACGCCAGGACCUGCCUGACAACCCGGAGCGAUUUGACUACUGGCCCUUCGUGCUGGGAUGCCAGGGCUUUGCAGCCGGCCGGCAGAGCUGGGAGGUGGAGUGGGGGGGACAAGUUCGGGCACUCACCACCCGCAAGGUGACCCUCCUCCCCCUCCGUUGGGUGCCCCGGCGGGUCAGCGUCCACCUGGACUACGCCGGAGGGACGGUGGCAUUCUUUGAUGCAGAGGAGGGGGGGCUCAUGUUCAUUUUUUCCCGUGCCUCCUUCACGGGGGAGAGGGUCCGCCCAUGGCUCUGGGUGGUGGGGGCCAGGUCCCAGCUCAGGCUGUGCCCCUGAGACAUGGGGACCAGCAUCCCCCCCCCUCCCCCCCCAGCGUCAGGGGACAACCCCUUGUCCCCUGUGCUACCCCUGGGACUACAAGGAAUGGAGUCAAUGGGGA